AGGCUGAGGUCCUUUAUCUCUUUUUUAAUCCUCGAGCCUCCCACGGGCGAAUUUCUGUUUUUUAAUACCUCCUGCAGAAACCUGAAACUUAAGUCACUUUACUUUCCGGUAACUGUACCACCUCACGCUUCAGUUUCAUGAACUUAUUUCCGAAGAAGUGUCUAGGAGCCGUGGCUCAGUUCUCGCGAGAAAGCGACUUUUGAUCGCGGCAUUUCCUUGUUUCCAGAAUCCUUAGCGAGAAGCGGAAAAAGGCUCAUUGAGUUCGGCUGGUGUUGCUGCUGCAGUUUCUUCUGCGGCUCCCGGCGGUGCCCUACUUGCUCUUUCUUCUGGGAAAAUGGCAGCCCCCGAGCAGCCACUGCCGAAGUCGAGAAGUAGCCAGAGCUCCGCUUCGCUUUCCCCGCCGCGGGGCGACCGAACCCUUCUAGUGCGGCACCUACCCGCGGAGCUGACCACUGAAGAGAAGGAGGACUUGCUGAAGUACUUCGGGGCGCAGUCGGUCCGGGUCCUGUCAGAUAAGGGGCGACUGAAACAUACAGCUUUUGCUACUUUCCCGAAUGAAAAGGCAGCUAUAAAGGCAUUGACAAGACUCCACCAGCUGAAACUUUUAGGUCAUACUUUAGUUGUUGAAUUUGCGAAAGAGCAAGAUCAAGUUCACUCUCUACUUCCUUCUUCAAACGCUGAAAAAAAGAAAAGAUCUGAAGACCCUCUGGAAGAUGAUAAAGAAAAGAAAGAAUUUGGUUGUUUAACAGUAGAAAAUGGAAUUGCACCAAACCAUGGGCUGACUUUUCCUCUAAAUUCAUGCCUCAAGUAUAUGUAUCCGCCACCUUCAAGCACAAUCUUAGCAAACAUAGUAAAUGCCUUGGCAAGUGUGCCUAAGUUUUACGUACAGGUGCUUCAUCUUAUGAAUAAAAUGAAUUUGCCCACACCCUUUGGACCAAUUACCGCACGACCUCCGUUGUAUGAAGAUUAUAUGCCGUUGCAUGCACCUCUUCCACCUGCAUCUCCCCAGCCACCUGAGGAACCUCCUUUGCCAGAUGUCGAUGAGGAAUUAUCUAGUAAAGAAUCAGAGUAUGAAAGCAGUGAUGAUGAGGACCGGCAGAGAAUGACCAAACUAAUGGAACUAGCAAAUCUUCAGCCCAAAAGACCAAAAACGAUAAAGCAACGCCAUGUGAGGAAAAAGCAAAAAAUAAAGGAUAUGUUGUAUACACCUUCAGCUGCUUCACACAGUAAUUUACAUCCAGUGCUGUUACCUUCAGAUGUAUUUGACCAACCACAACCUGUAGGUAAUAAAAAAAUUGAAUUCCAUAUAUCUACUGGCAUGCCAGCAACAUUUAAGAAAGAUUUAGAGAAGGAACAAAAUUGUGAGGAACAAAAUUACGAUUUACCCAAUCCUGAAGUUGAUGCAUCUAAUGUAGGAUUUGGAAAAAUCUUCCCAACACCUAAUGUGAACAUCACAGAGGAGAUUCAAGAAGACUCUGAUGAAAUGCCAUCAGAAUUUAUUUCUAGAAAGGAGUUGAAAAAGGGCAGAAUUUCUAGAGAAGAAAUGGAAACACUUUCGAUUUUCAGAAGUUAUGAACCUGGUGAACCAAACUGUAGAAUUUAUGUAAAGAAUUUAGCUAAACAUGUUCAAGAAAAGGACCUUAAAUUUAUUUUUGGAAGAUAUGUUAACUUUUCAUCAGAAACAGAACGGAUCAUGUUUGAUAUCCGCUUGAUGAAAGAAGGUCGCAUGAAAGGACAAGCUUUCAUUGGACUUCCAAAUGAAACGGCAGCAGCAAAAGCCUUGAGGGAAGCUAAUGGAUAUGUUCUUUUUGGAAAACCGAUGGUGGUUCAAUUUGCUCGAUCUGCUAGACCAAAGCAAGAUUCUAAAGAAGGAAAAAGAAAAUGUUAAAAACUAGUAAAGGUUCCUUUUGAAUUCUGUUACCUUUCAAGUGCUUUCCAGCUUUGAGGAGGAGAAAUUGGCCACCUGGACUGGAACUGUGCGUAACAGCUUUUAAAGUGUGUUUAAUUAUUAAAUCUAUAUGUAUUUAAAUCAGUUGAAGAUCUAUUACAUGUAUUUUAAUCACUCUCCUCGUAUAUAAUAAAUUAUUUUUCCUUCUGGUAAAGUGGUGUUCUUAAUUUUUUUUUAUAAGUCGUAUGCAUUUGGUAUGACUUUAUAAUUACAUACUUUUUUAUGUAGUUUAACAGUUCUAAAUGUAAAUUCUGUUUUAUGAUUACAAAUACUGCCAUUUCUAACUGAAUACUAAUUAAUGCCUUACACAUUUUUUAAGCAGUAAUCUUAAUUUUAAGUGAUAAUUGUUUUAGAAAUCUUAUCUGUCUGGGUUUUUUUUGUUGUGGGGUAUUUCGUUUUUGUUUUUGCUAGUUGAGAUUGUCUCUGUGUAAGAGUUUGUAUCUGUACCCUAAUUUAGUGUUCCCUAUUUGUACUCCCAAAUGUAUCGGAAUAUCACUCAGAGGUGAAAAUGUUUCCCAUAUACAAUUUUUCUGUUCUCUUAGUGAAAUGAGUUUCAGCUAUAUGUAAGUAGAAAAACUUUGGUGUUUUUUAUAUGAUCUUACUGAUACUCUUCUGUGAGUAUGUGAUAACAGUUCAGAGUGACUGCCCAGAGGCUCAGAUCUCCUGGAUACUCGGAUUUUUAAAACCUUCCAGAAGUGGUGUGCAGCUAAUGUGCAACCAAGGUUGAGAAACACCAAGGAAGGAUUUUUAUGCAUAAAGAUUCCUGGACUCUACCCUAGAACUAAUAAAUGAGAAUCUCUGAGGAUAGGGUCCCCCCCAUAAUUAUAAGGAUUGACCAGUUUAUAUACUUCUUUGUUAGCAUAAAAUGGCCAAUACCUAAUACCAGCCUAGUUUCUUCUCCUUUGCUCAUAGCAUUGUGUAGUGGGGAGAGUGAGAACAUAAAAGAUAGGAAUUAGAAAUAUGGAGAAGUGAACCCUGAAACACGCAGAUGUUUAGAUGGCAAAGUAGUUAAGAAACCACUAAAGAAGACUGAGGAGGAACAGGUGAAGAAAGUACCUCAGCCAGGAAGUGGUGAUCAAGUGUGUGAGAUCUGUUAAUGAUGCAAGUAGGAGGAAUUCGGGGGGUUGAACCUUAGGUUUAGUAACAUUUGUGACCUUGACCUUGACUAGCUGAUUUGACUGAUGGAAAAGUGACAGCUGGCAUUCAAGACAAUGUUAGAGAGAAACUGAAGAUAGUGAGAAUUGAAGAUAACUCUUUUAAGAAGUCUUGCUUUAAAGAGGAAUUGAGAAAUUGGUUGUUACUAGAGUGGGAUGUAAUAUCGAUGUUUUUUUGUUUAUUUUUAACAGACAUUAUGUUUUAUAAAGAUAUACCAGAUUUUUGUGCUAGUAGAGAGAAAAACAUGGUGUAGGAAGCACAGAUUGCUGGAGCCAUAGAUCUGCUGUACAAACAAGAUACGGCUGCACUCCCCUUAUUAAUAGCAGUAAAAGAACGGGCAGAUACUUAGGUCUAUAUGCUUGUAGUUUUGGGAGAUGUGAUAGUAGGAGCAUGGGGAAAUUUUGUUUUUUUUACUAAGUGGAGUAAGAGGCAAGGUCAUGAGGAAGAGGAAAGACGUGAUGGAGAGUUGAGGAAACAAAAGGUAUAAAUUAGAUAUCUCGGAAAGUGUGAAAAUGAACAAACUCUUAGAAGGAUUGCCAGACAGUACUGAAGUGCCCACUUGAAGUUACCGGUUAUUCUUUUGUUGCUAGUGGUGAAAAUAUGUACAACAAAACAUACUACAAUUCAACAAUUUCUACAUUUAUAAUUCAGUGACAUUGGUUACAUUCUUCAAGUUGUGCAACCAUUCACUCUUUUUUCCAAAUUAUUUCACCAUCAUUAACAUAACUCAGUAACCCCUAAGCAAAAACUCACCCUUUUCCCCUUCCUGGGGUAACCACUAGUAACCUUUAGUUUCUGUAUAUUUCUUAUUUCGUAUAAGUGAUUAUACUAUUUGCCCUUUUGCGUCUGACUUAUUUAGCUCAGCGUAUAGUGUUUUCAAGGCUCAUCUAUGUUAUGGCACGCAUCAGGUCUUCGUUUGUCUUUACAGCUGAUUUAAUAUUCCAUUUUACUUAUGUACUACAUUUUGCUGAUCCAUUCAUCUAUUAAUGGAUAUUUCAGUUGUUUCUACCUUUUGGCUGUUGUAAAAAGUGCUGCAUUAAACAUUGGUCUAGAGGUAUCUGUUUACAUUCCUGAUUUUACUUCUUCUGGGUAUAUACCUAGGAUUGCAGUUGCUGGGUCAUAUGGUAGUUACUGUGUUUAACUUUUUGAGGAACUGUCAAACUGUUUUCCACAGUGGCUAUACCAUUUUAUAUUCCUACCAGCAAGAGAUGAGGGUUCCAGCUUCUUCACAACCUUGUCAGUACCUGUUGUUUUCUGUUUUUUGAUCAUUGCCAUUCUAAUGGGGAUGAGGUGAUACUUCAUUGUGAUUUUGAUGACAUCUCCCUAAUGGCUUCUUGGAAACCCUGGUGAUAUAGCGGUUAAGUGCUACAGCUCUUAACCAAAAGGCCAGUGGUUCAAAUUCACCAGACGCUCCUUGGAAAGUCUGUGGGGCAAUUCCACUCUGUCCUAUAGGGUCUUUGUGAGUCAGAAUUGACUCAGGGUCAAUGGGUUUCGUUUCAGUUUUAACGAAGUUGACCAUCUUAUCGUGUACCUGUUGACCGUUUGAAUUAUCGAGUGAAAUGUCUGUUCAAGUCCUGCCCAUUUUUUCAGUAGGCUGUUUGAUUUUUGUUGUUAAGUUGUAGACUUUUUUUU